CAAAUAUCCUCACUAUUGCUCAGAUUAUUCAGCAAGCAAUAACAAAAAUUUGUACCAAAACACAAGUUUCAGAGGCAAUAAAAAAACAAAUAUUAGACCUGAUGCAAAUACUGGAGACUAUCGCACACAACAAUCACCCACCUGAUAUCCUACUAGAAAUCACCUCAAAAAUCCAAAAAACUACAAUCAAUUACCUAUUUAAAACAGCUCAGGAGAAACAUACGCCCACUACAACAAUCCUAUACAAGAUCAACAAAUCAAUCCACAAGAAUAUCUGA